AUGCCCAGCGCUCAAGACAUAAUCGACACUGUAUUUGAGCCAUUCGAUCAGUCAACCCUCAUCGAUACGUUCAAUGCCGACACCGCCGCCGAUAUCGAGUUCCGCGAAGAAACGAAGACGAUGGCUCUCGAGCUAGUAAUCACGCUUCAUGCGUGGGCUGGUGCGCGUUCUGAGCUCGAGACGCGUCUCGCCAGCGAGACUCUUGAAAAGGAGAUGGAUGCCGUCGCCGCGGUAGAGGCAGAGCAAGAGAAUACUCGUGCACGCCUCGCACAGUUCGUCGGCAGCAUUCAAGAGGCUUUGAUCCUUUUGGCUCAGAGCUUGCGCUGA